AAAAAAAGUUGAAACUCGGUCGGCACAGUUCAGAAGGCAAAAGUCAGAGGUCAUCAGCUCCUGCACUGACUGACAAAGUCCGACUGCAUUGUGCACGAAACGACAGCUGAGCUGAUAACUGAUAAACAAAAGUUGAGGGCCUGUUACUGUCAUAACUUUAGAGCCUCGGCUACAUACUAUGUUGAGGGUCAUAAUGGGGAAUUCAUUAGCAAAGAGUGUUGCAAUUGAUUUUGGAAUCCAGUGGGCCUGCUGGGUGGUAGCUGCAGUUUUAAAAACAGAAAAGUUUUACGAUCUUGCUGGUUCAAGCACAUUUGUAUUGUUAACAGUCUUAACCUUCUUGGGGAUUCAAUCUCCCAGCACGAGACAAAAGGUCAACAGUGGGAUGGUGAUAGCAUGGGCUGUUCGGCUUGGGACUUUCCUGUUCACUAGAGUUCUUAAGGAUGGGAAAGACAGCAGAUUUGACGUAGUCAAGCACAGACCUGGUCUCUUUUGGAUAUAUUGGACAAUACAAGGUGUCUGGGUAUUAUCAACUUUGCUACCAACUCUGAUUGUGAAUGGUAAGCAAGACCGAAAGGAUGAGAUCACAAAACAAGACUAUGUUGGCUGGGGAAUGUGGACUGUAGGCUUUCUUAUAGAAGUCAUUGCUGACCAUCAGAAAGGCGUGUUCAAAAAUAACCCAGCUAAUGCAGGAAAGUUUAUUACUAGCGGACUUUGGAGUGUAUCUCGGCAUCCCAAUUACUUUGGGGAAAUUCUUAUGUGGACUGGUCUGUAUGUGUCGUCCACAUCUGUGUUGCGAGGAUGGGAGCACAUCGGCAUCAUUUCCCCUCUCCUGUUGACGUACCUUCUCACAAGAGUGAGUGGCAUUCCUCUCUUGGAGGCUUUGGGGAAGAAGAGAUGGGGUAAUGAGCCAGCUUAUCAAGAGUAUGUCAGAAACACUGCUAAGCUCAUCCCCUACAUUUGGUAACUCACAGUAAAAGCUGAGUAUUUUUUUACAUUCAUUCAUUUGAUUUAUAGGAUUUGUUAUUGUUUGAGUUUCAAAUUUUUUUUUCUUCUGUUGUAUGCCAAAGAGGACAUGCUAAAUGAACAUCAAACUGCCUGUGAUGCUUCUAAAAAAAUAUCUUUUUGGAGAAACUUUUUCCCCUGACUUUCGUUCCUGUUAAUUAAUAUGAGAUAGAAAAUGGACACCAUUUCACUGCCUGUGAUGUUUCAUAGUGCUUGUAAUUUUGUGCCAUUGUUUGUUUUGCAUAGAUGAAUAAAAGAUAGUUAUGUCCUCUUCUUUUCUCAAACUGAAUGAAUAUACAGUGUAGUAAGCACAUAGUGAAACUGGCAGGAUAUAUGAAUUUUACUAUGCAUUCAUUUUAGACUGUAGCAAGGUUGAUAAAGUUGGGCAAUCGGGUCAAAAUUUUACUGUUGUGUUUAUUAGUUACCGUACCAACAUGCUUGUUAGGUUUAAAGUCGUCACAUUUUACAGAUUUGGGUUUUGACAUUGAUUUUUGUCAACCCCUCCUGGGAUAAGCUGUUUUUCCUUGAACAGGAAGCCUUUCUGCUUCUUUUGCUCUCCCAUAUGUAUAAAAAAAAAAAA